AAUUAUAAAUUUUAUUUAUAUCUAUUCCUGAACCAAUACUCAGAAUGUGAGGACAUAAUUGUAAAGUAGCUAAAUAUUGAAUAGAGGCUACAUACUAGUGUUGUGUAUUCCUUAUAUGUCCUAGUCUCCAGAUCUGGGCAUGAUUUUCUACUUUUCAUUACUAUCCCCCUGUCUGUCAGUCUGCUGCUUCCAAAUCUUGACUUCUUUUCAGAACCCAACCAGUUGCCAGCAUAAUGAAAAGCUGGUUCUGUCUUUAGGCUUUUUGAUGAUAAACAUGCUUUGUGGAAUGAGAAUGGCUAUCCAUGAAUUCCUGGAGAGCAGGAACUCUCUGCCUGUUCAUCUUUGUUCUCCCAGUCUUAGCAAGGUGCCUGGCACAGGACGCGUAGUAUUUGCAGACAAAGAUAACUGGUGCAUCCUUGUUCUUAACUUUGUAACAGAUAUGUUGUACAACAAACUGCUCAUUGUGAAAAUGUAACUUUGUGAUACAAAUUUGUCUUUCCCAAAACAGAGUCUUGCUUACAUAACAGAAAAACUUUGUAACUACUUGUAUGAUAUCUGUAUAUUCCUGAAUCAACAAUUGGGAGAUCUAUACAGUUUAGAACUGCCACUGGAUGACCAGGAUUCCUUGUAGUUGAUAAUGUUGAACAUCAGCUCCACAACUUUCUUUGGUAUUCAGCUGUUAAAAACAAAUAGGAUGCAAAUUCCUCAACUCCAGAUUAUGAAAAUAGUACUUAGAAAACUGAAAAUUAUCUAAAUGAUUGUCUUUGGUUGGGCCGUGUUCUUAGUGAGCAGAAGCCUUGGCCAAGGUCUGCUGUUGACUCUUGAGGAGCACUUAGCCCACUUCCUGGGGACUAGAGGCACCACUACCAUGGGCAAUUCUUGUAUCUGCCGAGAUGACAGUGGAGCAGAAGACAGUGUUGACACCCAGCAGCAGCAGGCCGAGAACAGUGCAGUACCCACUGCUGACACAAGGAGCCAACCCCGGGACCCUGUUCGGCCACCAAGGAGGGGUCGAGGACCACAUGAGCCCAGGAGAAAGAAACAAAAUGUAGAUGGACUGGUGCUGGACACACUGGCAGUAAUACGGACUCUUGUAGAUAAUGAUCAGGAACCUCCCUAUUCAAUGAUUACGUUGCAUGAAAUGGCAGAAACAGAUGAAGGAUGGUUGGAUGUUGUCCAGUCUUUAAUUAGAGUUAUUCCAUUGGAAGAUCCAUUAGGACCAGCUGUUAUAACAUUGUUACUAGAUGAAUGUCCACUGCCAACUAAAGAUGCACUCCAGAAAUUGACUGAAAUUCUCAAUUUGAAUGGAGAAGUAGCUUGCCAGGACGCAGGCCAUCCUGCCAAACACAGGAACACAUCUGCAGUCCUGGGCUGCUUGGCUGAGAAACUAGCAGGUCCUGCAAGUAUAGGUUUACUCAGCCCAGGAAUACUGGAAUAUUUGCUACAGUGUCUGAAGUUACAGUCCCACCCCACAGUCAUGCUUUUUGCACUUAUCGCACUGGAAAAGUUUGCACAGACAAGUGAAAAUAAAUUGACUAUCUCUGAAUCCAGUAUUAGUGACCGGCUUGUCACAUUGGAGUCCUGGACUGAUGAUCCUGAUUACCUGAAACGUCAAGUUGGUUUCUGUGCCCAGUGGAGCUUAGACAAUCUCUUUUUAAAAGAAGGUAGGCAGCUGACCUAUGAGAAAGUAGACUUGAAUAGUAUUAAGGCCAUGCUGAAUAGCAACGAUGUCAGCGAGUACCUGAAGAUCUCACCUCAUGGCUUGGAGGCUCGCUGCGAUGCUUCCUCCUUUGAAAGUGUGCGCUGCACCUUUUGUGUGGAUGCUGGAGUGUGGUACUACGAAGUAACAGUGGUAACUUCUGGCGUCAUGCAGAUAGGUUGGGCCACUCGAGACAGCAAGUUUCUCAAUCAUGAAGGCUAUGGCAUUGGUGAUGACGAGUACUCCUGUGCAUAUGAUGGCUGCCGGCAGCUGAUUUGGUACAAUGCCAGAAGUAAACCUCACCUACACCCAUGCUGGAAAGAAGGAGACACAGUAGGAUUUCUGUUAGACUUGAAUGAAAAGCAGAUGAUCUUCUUUUUAAAUGGCAACCAACUGCCUCCUGAGAAGCAAGUCUUUUCAUCUACUGUAUCUGGAUUUUUUGCUGCAGCUAGUUUUAUGUCAUAUCAACAAUGUGAGUUCAAUUUUGGAGCAAAACCAUUCAAAUACCCACCAUCUAUGAAGUUUAGCACUUUUAAUGACUAUGCCUUCCUAAGAGCUGAAGAAAAAAUCAUUUUGCCAAGGCACCGGCGUCUUGCUCUGUUGAAGCAAGUCAGUAUCCAAGAGAACUGCUGCUCCCUCUGUUGUGAUGAAGUAGCAGACACACAGCUGAAGCCGUGUGGCCACAGUGACCUGUGCAUGGAUUGUGCCUUGCAACUGGAGACCUGCCCAUUGUGUCGCAAAGAAAUAGUGUCUAGAGUCAGACAGAUUUCUCAUAUUUCAUGACACAUGUGAAGAGACAUUAUGGACUUAUUUCUACUCAAUUCCAGCCAUUGUUGAAAAGAAAAAGAAAAACACAUCUCUAAUCAGUCGUAUGCACAUUGAAACUUAUAGCCAUGGCCAGAUUUUAUGCUAAAAAUGGUAGUUUCAAAGACAAAAUUCUCUUAGAAUCUAAUCCAACUUACCAGCCCUGAGAAAUUCCUUUGAAGGCUAAGGAAAGCAGAAUGCUAAGCCUGUGGUACUUCCAUGAAAAAUGGUUCCCUCUUGAGUGCCGAAACCACAAUGGAAUUCUCCAUGUUGGGUUCAUAUGAUUGUUUAACACAGGAUGCUUUGUCUCAUAUUCUAAAGUUUUUUAUUUUGGGCGGAAGUCAUUAUGGAGAAUGACAGUGCUUCUGGGGUUAAAUAUAACUUUCCACUGGUCAGAGAGACAUCACAGUGUGUUAAGUGUGGAUAUUGCACUUAACUUGAAUCUAUGAAAUUAGACUUGAAUCUGUGAAAUUAGAAUUACACAGGUCAAUACUACAAGCAAAAUGGAGGACCUGAAAGAAGGUGCAUAGACUGUAGGGGAAAAAACCCAAAAUUUUGAUAUUUCAGUGAUUCCAAAGAGCAUUCUAGUUUUUUUUUAACUGCAGAAUAUUGGUGGUAUUUUCACAUUCAUGGUGUUUCUAUCCAAUUGAGUACCCACAUUUUGUGAGGAAAAAAAUGUUUUACCAAUGUAGGAGGAAUUCUUACAUUAAUUGCAAUGUUAGACUGGAGAAAAUUUGAUAUUUAGAGUAUUUUUAAGAUACCAUCAAAUCAGGAUUUUUUUUUUUAAUUUUUAUUUUUUAAUCAGUAUUGUUUUCAGAAAUAACAUACUUUGAAACUCUUUAACUGAUAGUCUCAAAAACUGUGGAGGACGGUCUGACAACACGUGUUACUAUUGUUUUAAAUAAAUACAUGUUUUUGAAUAGUAAAUUCAAUCAUGAAUUGUUGAUUAUGUCUUCAUCAAAAGUGUUAAUCCCUUUCAGGGUCUCUGGUGAAGACCUUGAAGAGUUUGGUUUUUUCUCCCAGAAAAUUGGAAGGUAGAAUUGUAAAUUCAUAGAAUUUAUUUUAUAAUGGUGUACCUCAGCAGCUGCCUUUCAAUUUAUGCCAAGUCCUUACUGAGUUUAUACUUGAAUAGUAAACAUGUCUUCUGAGUUUUACAAUGUCUUAAACUCAAUGCGCAUUUUUUUCUUCCCCUCCCAACCUUUCUUAUUUGUAGUUACAUUAAGCCUGUCCUAUUACAGAGCUGAUUACCUUCCUGGUUGUACUUGUUGGGGUGCUGGAUUUUUUUCCAUGUCUUUGGUCUUCCAUAAAUUCAAAUAUAUAUAUAUAUAUUUUCUCUCUCUUCUUUAGCUUGUGGUGAAUAUAGUAAUUUGCGUUAAAGAAAUAAACAUUUGUUGCCUUUUUUU